UCUUUCAUGCGUGCUGUGAAGAUCAACGGAGAGCGGGUGCAGUACUGCGGUGCUCCUUGGUCUUCAGGUUGAGCUGGAUCAGGAUGAGGCUGCUGGGGAUGUAUGGCCCUGGAGUGAUCAUUUCAGCUCGGGGCCAUCAGAGGUGCAGGAGCAGGUAAUAUUCAGGAAUUUUACAGUGACUGCGGAACCUCCAGGACCUCCAGUCCCAUCUUAAAGUCUCUACCUUGUCUGGAGCUGGUCAGGGGCGCAGCUGCGCUUGUCAGGCUGUAGAGAAGCUGGAGUUUGGAGGAAAGUUCACGGCAUCUCCACAACGCUUCUCUCUGAGUCUUUGUGUGGAAAGCACACCUUUCCGAAGAAGGACAACACGGUGCAAAACCCCGGCCAGAUGUGCCCAUUGCCGAGUCCCACUGCGGUGACGGCGGGUGUGUGAGGUCCGACCUGUGGCUCUGCCGCAGCAUCGCGUGUCGUAGUCGGUCUGAUUUAUACUUCCCCUUUGGCAGAGUGUCGGCGAACCGUCAGUCGCGGUCGUGGACACGUGACCUAGAGCUCGACUGCAGCCGCAGUGGGACGGAGGACUCGACAGGGCUGCGCACCUGUCCGGUCGGCGCACAGCGUGCUGCAAUGUGGGCGGGGCGACUGUCACCGCUCGCUCCCGUGUCCCACUAACCCAGAAGCGCAGGGCAGGUGUGGCUCAUGAAUGAUGCGGAACGGUGCCGUGAGGGAGGACCAGCUCGCCGAAGGCCUGCGGUCGUGAGAACGCUCCGGGUCGCAGAGGCAGAGCCCUUCCGGCGGUUUCCAUGGAGAUUCAAGUGGUUCAACUGAGGCUGUGAUGCCUGACGCCACUUGCUGCUGGCAGGAUUGGGGGGCGGAGCCAGAAGGAAACAGGUUAUGCCACCCCACAGGCUGACUGGAACCCCGACCGUGAAAGGGAACGGCUGAUCCCACCCCUUUCCCACCCCCACUGUUGUCACCGCGUGUUCCCAUGGCGACCGGAGGCCAUGCCACCGACACGGACGUGUUGAUGAACCUGCAUCAGGCGCUGGCGGAGGAGGAGAAGUGCGCCCCCGAUGGCCCGGAGGAGGAGGACUGGGAGAAAGCUCUUUCUGUGGAGAGGUUUGGUGACAUCAUGUGUGACCCGCCCCCCCCCGCCGGCGCUGACAAGAUGGGCCGCAGCUACAGCGAGAAGGACUUCGAGUACCACCGACACACCUUCCUGCACACCCACCACCCGCUCUCCGCUCACCUGCCCCCCCCGACACGCCUCCGCAAGAGGCCCCUCAGCUCCGAGCGCCGCAGGAAGAGGAAGCGCAGGAAAAAGAAGACUUCGGUGCCCCCUUCUGAGGUCACGCCCACCAUCCAGGAGGUGGAUGAGGAGGAGGCGGAGUCUGACGCCGAGGGGCGGGGCCAAGGAGCCGCUCCCACCCAGCCGACAUACGGCGGAUUAGAGUCCACACUCGGAGGGGAGGAGUCUGUGGCCCCGCCCCUUCCGCCCGCCACCUUCCAUGUGGAGAGCGAGUGCCCGCCCGCUGCCGUGGAGGAGACGGCCGCCGGCGCAGAUCCGGAGGAGGAGGACAAGGAGGACAAGGGGCCCUUGGAGCAGCAAGAGGAGGCCUUGAAGAGGUUCUCAGGCCGCCCCGCCCCCCCCGGCUCCACCCCCCGAGCCUGGUUCCGCAGGAGGCCCCUGCACCGGCUGGCGGGGGGACCCCAGAGGGCCAGCUACGACCUGCGGGAGCGCAUCUGCAUCGGCAGCAUGACGUCGGCGCGCGCCGCCCUCUACCAGAAGGUGCCCACCGACGAGGCCGAGGCCCAGAUGCUGGCCAGCGCCGACCUGGACGACAUGAAGAGUCACCGGUUCGAGGACAACCCGGGGGUCCGACGUCACUUGGUGAAGAAGUCGUCACGCGGCCAGGUGGCCCGCAGCAGCAACAGCUCGCCCCCUCGUCUCCUGUCCACCCUGAGGAAGAGGAAGAAGGUGGACCGCAAGACCCACGAGGUGUUCGUCGAGCUCAACGAGCUGAUCGUGGACAAGAACCAGGAGAUGCGCUGGAAGGAGACGGCGCGCUGGAUCAAGUUCGAGGAGGACGUGGAGGAGGACACGGAGCGCUGGGGCAAACCCCACGUGGCCUCGCUCACCUUCCGCAGCCUGCUGGAGCUGCGCAGGACCAUCUCUCACGGCGCAGUUCUCCUGGACCUGGACCAGACCGGCCUGCCGGGAAUCGCCCACCUGGUGGUGGAGACCAUGAUCAUCUCGGACCAGAUCCGGGCCGAGGACAGGACCGGCGUGCUCCGAGCCCUUCUGCUCAAACACAGCCACCCCAAUGAUGAGAAGGAGGGCUUCUUCCCUCGCAACCACUCGGUGCACAGCCUGGGCAGCUUCCACCGCAACCACAACCACGUGGCCGACACGAACGUGCCUCUGGUCGGCGAGGAGCACGCGGACGCCUGCGGCACCAAGGCCCCGGAGCAGGACAAAGAGGUGUUUGUGAGCUUGUUUAAAUCGAUGCACCCCUUCCCCCCCGAAGGGCAUCACGUGACCCGGGGCAUGAAGCUGCUGGCGAAGAUCCCGAAGGAGGCCGAGGCUGCUGUGGUCCUUGUGGGGUGCAUGGAGAGCCUGGAGCAGCCGGCCAUGGCCUUCGUGAGACUGGGCGAGGCGGCGCUGCUCGAGUCCGUCCUGGAGGUGCCCGUACCCGUGCGCUUCCUCUUCCUGCUGCUGGGCCCGUCCCAGUGCAACCUGGACUACCACGAGAUCGGGCGCUCCUUCUCCACCCUCAUGUGUGACAAGAACUUCCACGAGGUGGCCUACUUCGCCGACGACCGCCAGGACCUCCUGAACGGCAUCAACGAGUUCCUGGAUUGCAGCAUCGUUCUGCCGCCGUCGGACGUCGAGGGCAAAGACCUGCUGAAGAGCGUCGCCUCCUUCCAGAAGCAGAUGUUGCGCAAGAGGAAGGAGCGCGAGAGGAGGAGCGUGAUGAGCGCGGCGGGGUCCGACACCGAGGCCCGGGAGGCGAGCCCGGAUGAGCAAGAGGACGAGGAGCAGGAGGUGGACCCGCUGAAGCGCUCGGGCUUCCCGUUCGGGGGCCUCCUCCACGACAUCCGGCGGCGGUACCCCCGUUACGCCAGCGACAUCCGGGACGCCAUGGACUCGCAGUGCGUCGCCGCCGUCAUCUUCAUCUACUUCGCCGCUCUGUCGCCCACCAUCACCUUCGGGGGGUUACUAGGCGAGAAGACGGAGGGCAUGAUGGGAGUGUCAGAGCUCAUCGUGUCCACGGCCACCCUGGGGGUCAUCUUCACCCUGCUGGCCGGACAGCCUCUGCUCAUCGUUGGCUUCUCCGGGCCCCUGCUGUUGUUCGAGGAGGCGUUCUAUAAGUUCUGCCAGGCCCAGGGCUUCGAGUACCUGACGGGCCGCAUCUGGAUCGGAUUCUGGCUCAUCGUCAUCGUCCUGGUGAUCGUGGCGGCGGAGGGCAGCUUCAUGGUUCGUUACAUCUCUCCAUUCACGCAAGAGAUCUUCGCCUUCCUCAUCUCCCUCAUCUUCAUCUGCGAGACCUUCUCCAAGAUCAUCAAGGUGUUCCAGGAGCACCCGCUGCUGAGGGCGUACCCCCCUCCCGGCCCCCCGUCCGCCCUGGCCUUCUCGAACCUCUCGCAGGCGGACGCCCAUCCCGAGGGCCCCCUGCACAUGCAGCCCAACACAGCCCUCCUGUCCCUGGUGCUCAUGCUGGGCACCUUCUUCGUGGCCUACUUCCUGAGGAAAUUCCGGAACAGCCGCUUCCUGGGAGGGAAGGCCAGACGCAUCAUCGGUGACUUCGGGAUCCCCAUCUCCAUCUUGGUCUCCGUCUUCGUGGACAUCUUCACCCCGGAAACGUACACCCAGAAGCUGAACGUGCCGUCCGGUUUCUCGGUGACGUCCCCCGACAAGCGCGGCUGGUUCAUCAGCCCUUUCGGUGACAAGCAGCCUUUCCCUGUUUGGAUGAUGGUGGCUGCCGCUGUGCCGGCCCUGCUGGUCUUCAUCCUCAUCUUUAUGGAGACCCAGAUCACCUCGCUCAUCGUGAGUAAGAAGGAGCGGCGCCUGGUGAAGGGCUCCGGGUUCCACCUGGACCUGCUGCUCAUCGUCCUUCUGGGGGCGCUCUGCCCCCUGUUCGGCCUGCCCUGGCUGACGGCCGCCACCGUGCGCUCUGUGACGCACGUCAACGCGCUGACCGUCAUGAACAAGGCCACCGCCCCCGGGGAGAAGCCCAUGAUCCAGGAGGUCAAGGAGCAGAGGGUCACUGGCACAGCGGUCGCCCUGCUCGUGGGGAUGUCCAUCGUGAUGAAGGACGUGCUCCGGCACAUUCCGCUGGCUGUGCUCUUCGGGAUCUUCCUGUACAUGGGCGUCACCUCUCUCACCGGCAUCCAGCUGUAUGAGCGCAUCAUGCUGAUGGUGACGCCCGCCAAGCACCACCCAGACCACAUCUACGUGACCAAGGUGAAGACGUGGCGCAUGAACAUGUUCACGGUCAUCCAGCUGUUGUGCAUCGCACUGCUCUGGGUGGUCAAGUCAACCGUGGCCUCCCUGGCUUUCCCGUUCGUACUGAUCAUGACCGUACCCCUGCGUCGCUUGGUCCUCACGCGGAUUUUUGAAGAGAGAGAGCUGAAAGCGCUGGACUCCGAUGAAGAGUCGCCCAACUUUGAUGAAGGCGGUCGGGACGAAUACAACGAACUGCACAUGAACGUGUAGAAGUUACGGGUAACUCUCCCCUUUCAUAGACCGAGUCGUUCGGCAACCUUCGCCGAUCGGAGCAACACCGUCCAAUCAGAAUAAAUGACCUCGGGGCACUUGGCCAAUCAGAGCAAGUUAAUGUGUAACACUGGCCGGUCAUAGCGAGCUACAUUAUAACUCUGACCUUUCACAUGGAGUUAUUUAGCAACCCUGACUAAUCAGAGCAAGCAACUCUGCAACACUGACCAAUAAGAGCACGUUUCCAUAAAACCGACCAAUCAGAGCAAGCCGCGCUGAAAAAACUGACCAAUCGCAGUGACGAGUAGCAGGUUCCUCUCGGUCAGCAGCCCCUGUUUGGAGCUCAUCUGGACUCCAUUGAGUGUUCCACCGAGUGAGUGUUAGGCUGCGUUUGUGUGUCAGUGUGGUGCAGAGAAACUGAUCCUGCGGAGAAGCGAGUCCCCUGAGAGCCCCUGUGUGUUCGAAGGCCCCAAAUAUUUGUUCUUCUUCUGUUGUCGUCGAGUCGCCAACAGUUUCCUUGGAGGUCACGCACGCACGCACGCACGCACUCACGCACACUCACGCACACUCACGCACGCACACACCGUGCCCGCGAACCUCCGGCGACCGGGCAGCGUAGGCUGCGUGCGAGCGAUGUGUCCCCUGUGGUUCCCGUAGCGAGCAGGGUGUUGGGGCGAGACCCCCUGGGCCCUCGCAGUAACACUGCCCCCAGCGAAGCACUGAACACCUGCAUGUUUUACAGGGACGUAUUUUUAUAAGACAGAUUUUACAAUGUACAGACUGUAAUUACAGAUGAAAUAUAUGCAGUUUUGGAUGUAGAUGUACAUUAAAGAGAUGUGUGGAGGAUUUCAUCGGGACUCGUUUCGUUGAUUUCACACGCACACCUUUUCCGCCAGAGCCUAAGGCGCGGCAUUCGUGAAUAAAACGUGUGCAAAAUGCAGCGAGAGCGCCAAAUAUGCGCUGAAUAAUUUUUAUAUACAUACUUUAUUACACACCGCAUGUUUCAUGUGGCUAAAGGAGAGCAGUCGUGGUUUUUGGGCAGGGGGGUCAUUAUUUAUUAUUUCUCUGACUCUUUUCUCCAAGGUGACUUGCAGUGUGAGGUUUGCACGCUGAGCUGUUCACACUGAUUUACCCAUUUAUACAGAAGGGUCAUUUUUACUCUGUCGCUUGAGGGUUAGAACCGUGAUCUUGGGCACCGCAGCAGGAUGUGGGAUCAGAACCUAUCCUUCGUGUAGAAGGUGCCCGUUCUGACCAGUGAGCCACCUGCUGGCUAAACACCUCUUUGAAUGUGUCUGUUAAACGACGGUCCGCGUUGCCUGCGUCCCGAUUUACUACAAGCGGCGCUGUGGUUUUACUAAAUGUGAAUAACUGUGACGGCCACAAAGGUGGUGAAAUACACCAGCGUGAUCAUUCGUGUCCGUUUGCCCGUUUUAGUCUCGACGAUAAAUAACGUCGCGUCACAGGACCGGUUCAGCCUGCGGAGUAGGUUCCGGUCAUCCCGAGCGUCGCCGCCGCGGCUCCGGCAGCUGGACGCUGAGCUCUGGGAUCCGCGCCAAUGGCAUCGGCGAACUCCUCGCCGGUGCCAGAUGCCUUCACAGGGGCGCAGCGCCUCCGAGAGGAGAGCGGGGCGGUGGGUCACCGAGGACGGGGAGCUCAUAAAGAGCCAUGAUCUCUGUAGGGCCGACGCGUCGUUUAAAGCCCUUCGCACAAGAACCUUCGGCUGCGCAGUGACACCUGCAGCCUGUUCAUCGAAGGCCUGCACCCAGCGCAUGGUGGCACAGUAAAAUCACAGUAACACGUUCUAAAUGGGUAAAUGACAAUACGUUAUUGCUCCCCGUGCGGAAAUUCACUCGGGCGGCCGCUGCAUCAAGCGCAUGUCUUGAGGCUGUGGGAGGAAACCAGAGCACCCAGCGGAAAAGCCAGCAAACACAGAACAUGCAGACUGCGCACGAGCAGAGCAGGGAUCGAACCUGUGUCCACCCGGCACUGUAAAUGACUGUAAGGAGCUCAGUGUAACUUACCUUGGAGAUAAGUA